GAGGCAUCAGUGGGAUCUCGGGGGCUGUGGGAGGGCGGUGGGGCGCGAGGGGUGCCCCGAUCUGCUGUCCAGCUGCGUGGCGUGAGGGCGCGUUUCCUGCCGGCCGGAGGGAGCUUCCAGGUCGCUGCGGAGUGGCGAGGCGGAGGUUGCGGGGCGCUGUAAACCAGCAGGUUACCUGGAUCUUGUCCAGCGCUGUCUCUUCCAAAUUGUGCUUUUCCCAGCAAAAAAGAGCGGAGCACGAUUAGAAUUAUUUGUGAGUUGUUAAAUCAGAUAUCAUGGAGGCCAAGGAUCAGAAGAAACACAGAAAGAAGCACAGCGGACCCAAAGCUGAGAAAAAAAAGAAACGGCAUCUGCAAGAUCUCCAACUUGGAGAUGAAGAAGAUGCCCGGAAAAGAAACCCCAAAGCUUUUGCAGUUCAGUCUGCUGUGCGGAUGGCUCGAUCCUUUCACAGGACUCAGGAUUUAAAGACAAAAAAGCAUCACAUUCCAGUGGUUGAUCGAACUCCAUUAGAGCCUCCACCAAUAGUGGUAGUGGUGAUGGGGCCUCCAAAAGUUGGAAAGAGCACUUUGAUACAGUGCCUCAUUCGGAAUUUUACCAGGCAGAAGUUGACAGAGAUCAGAGGCCCUGUGACAAUUGUGUCAGGUAAAAAGCGCAGACUUACCAUCAUUGAAUGUGGGUGUGACAUUAGUAUGAUGAUUGAUCUGGCUAAAGUAGCAGAUCUGGUGCUGAUGCUUAUAGAUGCCAGCUUUGGGUUUGAAAUGGAAACAUUUGAGUUUCUAAAUAUCUGUCAAGUACAUGGCUUUCCUAAAAUUAUGGGAGUUCUCACCCACUUGGACUCCUUCAAGCAUAAUAAGCAACUAAAAAAGACAAAGAAGCGAUUGAAACACAGGUUCUGGACAGAAGUCUACCCGGGUGCCAAGCUGUUCUACCUUUCUGGAAUGGUACAUGGAGAGUAUCAGAACCAAGAAAUUCACAAUCUGGGCCGUUUUAUUACAGUUAUGAAGUUUAGGCCUCUCACUUGGCAAACUUCUCACCCUUAUGUCUUGGCAGACAGGAUGGAAGAUUUGACAAACCCCGAGGAUAUCCGAACAAACAUCAAGUGUGAUAGAAAGGUGUCAAUUUAUGGUUACUUAAGAGGAGCACACUUGAAAAAUAAAAGUCAAAUCCACAUGCCAGGUGUAGGUGAUUUUGCUGUAAGUGAAGUCAGUUUCCUUCCAGACCCCUGUGCUCUUCCUGAACAGCAGAAGAAGCGCUGUUUAAAUGAGAAGGAAAAGUUGGUUUAUGCACCUCUCUCUGGAGUUGGAGGUGUGCUGUAUGAUAAAGAUGCUGUGUAUGUUGACCUUGGUGGCAGCCACGGUUCACGGACACUGGAGGAGUCAGGGCCUACCCAAGAACUGGUUCAGAGUCUCAUUUCUACCCAUUCCACUAUUGAUGCCAAGAUGGCGUCAAGCAGAGUGACACUUUUUUCUGAUUCGAAACCUCUGGGAUCAGAAGAUAUAGAUAACCAAGGGCUGUGGAUGCCAAAAGAGGAAAAGCAACUGGAUGUGAAAACUGGUCGUGUGCGCCGAAAAGCCAUUUUUGGAGAUGAGGAAAAUGAGUCUGGAGACAGCGAUGAAGAUGAUGAAGAAAUGUCUGACGGUGACAGGUUGGAAAAUGGCUCUAGUGAUGAUGAAGCAGAAGAGGAGGAAGAAGAUGCUGAAAUGACCAAGUAUAAGUAUAUUACAGUUAAGGGUGUCAAGCGGCAGAAACUUGAGCUGGAAGAAGACAGUGAGGUGGAUUUGCCAGCAUUUGCUGAUAGUGAUGAUGAUCUUGAGAGGAGCUCAGGGGAAGAAGGGGCAGCAGAGGAAGCUGAUGAAAGCAGUGAAGAAGACUCCAGAGCAGAAAGAGAGAGGUGCAUUUUGGAAUCAAAGGGUGUUGGAAAAGCUAGUGAAGCAAGACUGUUGCCAGGUAAUUGUUGGAGUGACCAUCUGAAUCUGGAGAAGUCUUUGCUGAUGGAAAAAGCCCCACCCACUUCUGAUUCUGGUCAUUGCACAGCUGAAGAGGUGUUUGCAUCUGAAGAUGAAUCAGAAGAAAGUUCUUCACUUAGUUCAGAGGAAGAGGACUCAGAAAAUGGAGAAGUCAUUAGGGAAAAACUUUGUCAAGCAGGCAGUGGGCAGAAACUGGAGUCAGAGAACUUAAUUGAUGAGACCAGUGAUAUUGAAGAUUUACUCAAAGAGGAAGAAGAUUAUAAGGAAGAAAACCAUUCCAUAGAAACUUCAGGUACCCUCAGGUGGAAGGAAGACCUUUCCAGGAAGGCAGCAGAGGCCUUUCUGAGGCAGCAACAGGCAACUCCAAACCUUCGAAAGCUUGUUUAUGGGACAGUGACAGAGGAUAAUGAAGAAGAAGAUGGAGACACACGAGAAGAGCUUGGAGGGUUGUUUCGUGUCAACCAGCCUGACAGAGGGUGUAAGCACAAAGCUGACUCUUUGGACUGCUCCAGAUUUCUUGUGGAGGCGCCACAUGAUUGGGAUUUAGAGGAGGUUAUGAACAGUAUCAGAGAUUGCUUCGUGACUGGGAAGUGGGAACAGGAUAAAGAUGCAGCCAAGAUCUUAGCAGAAGAUGAGGAGCUCUAUGGUGACUUUGAAGACCUAGAAACAGGAGAUGUGCACAAGGCAAAACCAGACCCCGAUACUCAGAUUGAAUAUGUGAAGGAGGAAGAUAAGAAAGAAACUGAUGUUAAUGAAGAGGAAAGAGCCAAGAAAAAACAUUUAGAUAAGAAGAGAAAAUUGAAGGAAAUGUUUGAUGCAGAGUACGAUGAAGGAGAAAGCACAUAUUUUGAUGACCUUAAAGGAGAAAUGCAGAAACAAGCACAGCUUAACCGGGCAGAAUUUGAAGAUCAAGAUGAUGAAGCCAGAGUUCAAUAUGAGGGUUUUCGACCUGGGAUGUAUGUCCGAAUUGAGAUUGAAAACGUUCCCUGUGAAUUUGUGCUGAACUUUGACCCUAACUACCCAAUUAUUCUGGGUGGUUUGGGCAAUAGCGAGGGCAAUGUUGGGUAUGUGCAGAUGCGUCUGAAGAAACAUCGUUGGUAUAAGAAAAUCCUCAAGUCUCGAGAUCCAAUAAUUUUUUCUGUAGGCUGGAGAAGAUUUCAAACCAUCCCACUCUAUUACAUUGAAGACCACAAUGGAAGACAAAGGCUUCUAAAAUACACUCCACAGCAUAUGCAUUGUGGAGCAACUUUUUGGGGUCCUAUCACUCCACAGGGAACUGGGUUCUUGGCAAUACAGUCUGUCUGUGGUGUAAUGCCUGAUUUCCGGAUAGCUGCCACUGGAAUUGUCCUGGAUCUGGAUAAAUCCAUAAAAAUUGUGAAGAAAUUAAAGCUAACUGGUUUCCCAUACAAAAUUUUCAAGAACACUUCAUUUGUUAAGGGAAUGUUUAACUCUGCCUUGGAAGUAGCCAAAUUUGAAGGUGCUGUGAUUCGAACUGUCAGUGGAAUCAGGGGACAGAUCAAGAAAGCACUUCGGGCUCCGGAAGGAGCUUUCCGAGCCAGCUUUGAGGACAAGUUGCUGAUGAGUGAUAUUGUCUUUAUGCGAACUUGGUAUCCUGUCUCCAUCCCAGCCUUCUAUAACCCAGUAACAUCUUUGUUAAAACCUGUGGGUGAAAAAGAUACCUGGUCAGGAAUGCGGACAACAGGUCAACUCAGGCUUGCCCACGGUAUCAAACUAAAGCCAAACAAGGAUUCUCUGUAUAAGCCUGUUCUGAGACAAAGGAAGCAUUUUAAUUCACUGCACAUUCCGAAAGCCUUGCAGAAAGCUCUGCCAUUUAAGAACAAGCCCAAGACCCAAGCAAAGGCAGGCAAGGUGCCGAAGGACAAGUGGAGACCGGCCGUCAUCCGUGAGCCUCACGAGAGGAAGAUCCUGGCUCUGUUGGAUGCUCUGAGCACUGUGCACAGUCAGAAGAUGAAGAAGGCCAAGGAGCAGAGGCAUCUACAGAACAAGGAACAUGUGAAGAUGAAGCAGAAGGAGGAGGAAGAGAAGCUUAAGCGGCAGAAGGACCUCAGGAAGAAGCUCUACCGGAUUCAGGGUCAGAAGGAAAGAAGAAAUCAGAAGUCCAGUCUGAAAGGAGCUGAGAGCAAUUGAAGUGAGCCUUCAGAAUGGAGGAACCAUCCUUUGGACCUGCAGAGAUGGAUGGCUUUGAGUCAUAUUGCAUGUGACUAACAAGUCAGGAUGAGAACCCAAGAGAGACCUUUGUUGGAUACAUCACUCAUACUGUGCCUCGAGAGGAGCAAUGGAGAAGACGAUGCUGGUAGGAUACAUGAGGUUCAUGGAGUGUAACUUAUGGUUAGGUGAACUGUCUCACUUUCUUCUAAUUAUUUUGUGCUA